ACAAUAAACUUUUAUUUGUAGUCCAUAAAAAAGAAAGAAAAGAAAAGAAGGUCAUAACAUAGAAAUGACUGGCUUAUUACAGAGGCACAAUUUCGGCACUUGGGAGGCAGAGGCAGGACGCUCACAAAUUGAAGGCCAGACUGGACUAAAUAGUGAGAUGGUUUUAAAAAAAAAACAAAUAACACAAACAAACAAGCAAACAAAAAAAAUGGGGCUGGCAAGAUGGCUCAGCGAGUGCCUACUACCAAGCCUGAUCCUUGAUCCCCCAGACCCACAGGAUGGAAGGAGAGACCAACUUCCAAAGAUCUGACUGUACAUCUGUGGCCUAUGCCAUGGCAAUCAUGCUGACACACUAACUACACACAUGCAUAUAUACAUGUAAUAAAAAGUAAAACUAAAAGCCAUUAAAUGUAACCCUACCCAAAAUAAAAUAUCCCCAUCCCAAGUUCCAGUGAGUGACUUUUCCUUCUUCGGGCUUGUUUGCAUUACUUCAGACAGUUGUUUCUUGAUACUCUCUUGUGCUCCUCCUCCUCCCACCGUCCUCCCCUGCUUCUCUCCCCUUUGCAGUUCUAUGGAUCCAAAGUCUCACACAUAAGCAGUCUAUGGAUGAGCUGUGUCCCUGGCUCCUGGCCAUUCCUUCCUUAGCAGUGCUAAGGGUUAAACCAGGGGUUUUUAGGAAGGCUAGCCACAUGCUCUACCACAUGGCUACAUACCUCAGUUUCCCGAGACUUCUUGAUAUGUAGUCCUGACUGGCCUCAAACCCUUGUUCUUCCUGCCUCAGCCCUUUUAAACCUGGGAUUCCAAGUGUGUCAACAACACCACACCAAGAUUCCUUCUAAGUUUGUGUCACAAUGUUGACACAGACAAUCAGCACCUUUCUUUACCAGAAUAUUUGAUUUUUGCUCUCUAGCAUGCUCUCCUGCUUUUGUGCCACAGAAUGUGUUCUGUGCUAGACAGACAAGUGCAAAUCUGAGCACUUAUCCCAAGUUGUAUCUUGCUCACACUGUAUACUCAUUGAGGGCUGACUGGGGUAAUCUGCUUUGUGUCAUCCUCAUGAAACACAAAGUUGAUGGAGCAUUGCGCGCAUAGCUGUGGCUGAGGGGAAGACAGAAUGGUUGAACUCUGUACUAGUAGUUAAAGCUUUUUUUCCAGAAGCGAUUCAGGAAGUUCCCAUUCCUGGUUUAUUGGUAAAAGGUCAUGUAGACACUCCCCACUCCGAAAGCACUAGGAUGAAGCAGUAUAUCUUAUUCUUUGAGGCUGUGAUAAGUACAUUAUUUGAGAAUAGCAUGACAAUUAUUUUCAACGUUCAGGAAGCUGAGAAAGGAGAAGUGCCAAGAAUUUGUGUCAGUCUGGGCUUGAUACCAGACCAUUCCCUAUCUCAAAACACAAAUCCAAAACACAAACAACACUCCCCAAAACAGAACAUCAAACAACAAAGAAACUUUUAAGUUUUUCAACUACUAGUAGUUGGGUGUGGCGUCACAUGCUUUAAGCUCAGCACUGGGAGGCAGAAGCAGACGGCUCUCUGUGUGUCUGAGGCCAGCUUGGUCUACUUAAUGAGUUCUAGGACAUCCAGAAGUACAUAAUAUAAUCCUGUUUCAAACAAAUAAAUAAACAAAGAUUAAUAAAAUAAAUGAGGAAGAAGGAGAAGGAAGAAGAGGAGGAGGAAGAGGAGGAGGAGGAAGAGAAGGAAGAGGAGGAGGAAGAGGAGGAGGAGGAGGAGGAGGAGGAGGAGGAGGAGGCAGCUAGAAGUAAUGGAACUGUAUGCUUCCCAACAGAUGGGCGGUAUCACCAAGAAAUCUCAAGUGAUCUACAGUAUAAAAACUGUUAAUGUUCUUAGCCAGAUGUGGUGGUGCACUCUUUUAGUCUCAGCACUUGGAAGGCAGAAGUAGGCAGAUAUCUGAGUUCAAGAUCAACCUAGUCUACAAAGAAAUUCCAGAACAAUCUAGGCUACACAAAGAAACUCUGUCUUGGAAACAAUUGAACAAACAAGACAUCUGUUAGUGUUUCUCUAGCACUGUCUAGAGAACAACAGGGAAGUGGAAAAAAAUUUAAGAAUAUGUUGUACUAGGCUAGGUGUGGCAUACUUUCAAUAUCAGUACUGGGGAGGUAGAGGCAGGCAGAGUUCUGUGAGUUCAAGGCCAACAGGAAGUUCAUCAUGUAUUCUAGGAUAGCCAGAACUACAAGGAGAGACCCUGUCUCAAAAUAAAACAUCGAGAAAAAGAAAAGAAAUAUUGUAUUGGCAAGAUAGGGUAUUGUAUACCUUUAAUCCCAGCCUUCUAGAGGUAGAUGCAGACAGAUCUCUGUGAGUUUCCCCUCAGCCUAGUUGCCAUGUUUAGAGCACUUGUUACUCUUGCAGAGUUUCCAGGGCUCACAUGGAGGAUCACAACCUCCGUCUGUAACUCCCGUUCCAGGUUUGAAAUCCCGUUUGGCCUCUCUGUGGGCACUAGGUGCACAUGUGGUACACAUGCAUGCAUGUAGGCAAAACACUCAUACAUAUUUUUUGUUUUUUCUAUUUUGGUUUUUCAAGACAGGGUUUCUCUGAAACAGCCCUUGGCUGUCCUGAAACUUGCUCUGUAGAUCAUUCUGGCUUCAAAUUCUGAGAUCUGCCUGUCUCUUCCUUUGAAUGUUGGGAUUAAAGGCAUGUGCUACCAUGCCUGGUCUAAAAACAGACAGAAUCUUAAAAACAAACACAGACUAUGCUAUGCUGGAAGAGAACAGGGCUGUAGUUCAAACAUAACCUCACCAAUAAUUACUAUGUCACUUAGGAUAUUCUGUAACAAUGAACUAUGACAGGUAUUGGGUUUUUUUUUCUCAAAAUAAUGACAAUACAAAUACUAGGUAAGAGUGUCUCUAGUUUUUUGCUAAAGGAACUAGAUAUAAAGAAAGUUCCAGGCUAGAGGGAUGGCUCAGAAGUUAAGAACACCCACUGUUCUUUCAGAGGUCUUGAGUUCAAAUCCCAGCAACCACAUGGUGGCUCACAACCAUCUGUAAUGGGAUCUGAUGCCCUCUUCUGGUGUGUCCAAAGACAGCUACAGUAGACUCAUAUACAUAAAAUAAAUCUUUAAAAAGAAGUUCUAAACUACCUUCAUAGUCCUAGCCCAGGAAGGGAAUCACAAGCUGUCCACAUCUAUCAGAUUUUUAAGAUAUUUUAUUUCCAUUUUAUGUGCAUUGGUUUUUGCCUGCCUGCCUGCCUAUGUGAAUGUGUCAGAUCUUGGAGUUACAAGCACUUGCAAACUGUCAUGUGGGUAUUGGGAUAACCUGGGUCCUCUGGAAGAUCAGUCAGUGCCCUCAACCACUGAGCCAUCUCUCCAACCCACAUCUAUCAGAUUUUAAGGCUUUCUAUUACAGCCCAUAGGUUCUGUUUUUGAGAUAAGGUGUCACAUAUAUAUCCUUAAGUGGUCUCAAACUGGUUGCAGCUAAGGAUGAUAGAGGAUUUCUGACUUUCCUGCUUCUGCCCCCUGAGUGCUGGGCUUACAGAUGUGUCCCACUGUACAUGGCUUAUCUGGGGUGCAGAGGACUCAACUUAAGGCUUUGUGCAUGCUACGUAAACCACUCUACCAAAUGAACUCGUGCUGCACAGUAGAUCUUAAACCCACUUCAUCAAUUUGCCUAGAUUAUAUAUUAAAAUAUAUUAUCCCUGAUUCCCAAGGAACACCGAGGGAUGAUAAUAUAAGUACAGUAGCUUUCUGUCCCAGUUGUUGCUAGGAUUAACUGUAAAUUUCAAGUUUAACAAAUAUCAUAUUGUACAUUUUAUUUAAUGCUUUAAUUAAUUUUGUAAUAUUUAAUUAGAAAGAUAAAGUAUCUUGCACCCAGGAGCUUGCCCUGUUCUUUAGAUUUUGGCCUUUAACACUUAUUAACAUACAUGUAUUAACUAACUUUCAGUCUAUAAAUAUGAGCUUGUAUCAGAGGAGGACUAGUCAAAAUUUUCAAGUGGAUCAGCCUUUCAGACCUAUAACAUUUUUGUCAUCAUCAAGCUGGCAAGUAUAGCUCUAACCUAACUGUGUGAAUAAUUUUGUGCAGGGACUUCAUUGUGGGUGGAACACUAGUUUUGGCUCAGUGGUAAAUUUGUAAUGUGUUAUAAAACCAACUAGUUGUAAUGUAAGCCCACCUUUUCUUAGUGUUAUUUGUAGUUCCAGUGUCUUAUACAUGGGCAUAGCAAUGUCCCUAAGCUAGGGACAUUCAUCUUGAAAGUAAAAAAAAAAAAAAGAAACAACAACAACAACAAAACCAAAACCACAAAACCAAACAACUCUACUCCUAUUUCCCCAACAAUAAACAUAUUGUGAAAGGUUGGCUAUUCUUAGAGUAAUUCUACGAAUUACAACCAUUCUUAAGUGGAGAUUGUGGUAAACAGUGUUCAAGUUAUCGUUCUAGUCCAAUGACCCCGAAAGGCUGGUGGUUCUUGCUAUUUCUCUACAAUAUCCACAGUCAGCAGGCACCGCUCCACGAAGGAAGGCUUAACGGUUUUCCCGAAAACACACAGAUCAAACAAGUAGGGGAGGAGGGACUGAAAGUGCUGGUGUACUGUCACAGUCUGGUAAUUACCCAAACCGUCUCGUCCUGGGGCCGGCUUUCAAAGGGACACCAAUGCAAAGCCAGAGAGGUGACAGCCAGGAAAACGGGAGAGGUGGCUUUCCCGGCAUGCUCUGCAGCACACUGAGGGGCGCCAGACGCAUCCCGGCGUGCAACGGGGAGCGCCCAAGGGCGAUGGUUCACGGCUCCUGGAGGGGCAGGCGAAGUUAUGCCGGAUGAAAAAGCAUUUGUAAUUAUGUAUUGACUACAGUUUUCUUACUACUGAAUUUCUCACUGGAAUCAUGGAAGAGAAACAACAAAUCAUAUUGGCCAAUCAAGAUGGAGGGACAGUGACAGGAGCAGCACCUACCUUCUUUGUCAUUCUGAAACAGCCAGGAAAUGGCAAAACUGAUCAAGGAAUUUUGGUUACUAAUCGAGAUGCCCGUGCUCUGUUGAGUCGGGAGUCAUCACCAGGAAAAUCUAAAGAGAAAAUUUGCCUUCCGGCUGAUUGUACUGUGGGAAAAAUCACUGUUACCCUUGAUAACAAUAGUAUGUGGAAUGAGUUCCAUAAUCGAAGCACAGAAAUGAUUCUGACCAAACAGGGAAGACGUAUGUUUCCUUAUUGUCGAUAUUGGAUAACAGGCUUAGAUUCAAAUUUAAAGUAUAUCCUUGUAAUGGACAUAUCUCCCGUGGAUAGUCAUCGGUAUAAGUGGAAUGGUCGUUGGUGGGAACCCAGUGGGAAGGCUGAACCCCAUAUUUUGGGGAGAGUUUUCAUUCAUCCAGAAUCUCCUUCCACAGGUCAUUAUUGGAUGCAUCAACCAGUAUCUUUCUAUAAACUCAAACUUACCAACAAUACACUGGACCAGGAAGGACAUAUUAUCUUGCACUCUAUGCAUCGUUACCUGCCAAGGCUUCAUUUGGUGCCUGCAGAAAAGGCUACAGAAGUGAUACAGUUAAAUGGCCCUGGUGUUCAUACUUUUACUUUCCCCCAGACUGAAUUCUUUGCAGUAACAGCUUAUCAGAAUAUUCAGAUUACCCAGUUGAAAAUAGAUUACAAUCCAUUUGCCAAAGGCUUUCGGGAUGAUGGGUUGAGCAGUAAGCCUCAGAGAGAUGGAAAACAAAGGAAUAGCUCUGAUCAAGAAGGGAAUAGUGUUUCUAGUUCUCCUGGUCAUCGUGUUCGUCUUACAGAAGGUGAGGGGUCAGAGAUACAUUCAGGUGAUUUUGAUCCUGUGUUAAGGGGUCAUGAAACAUCAAGCCUAGGUUUAGAGAAGGCUCCCAAUAAUGUAAAACAAGACUUUCUUGGAUUCAUGAAUACUGAUUCUACACAUGAAGUUCCUCAGUUGAAACGUGAGAUUUCUGAAAGUCAUGUGAGCAGUUUUGAAGAAAAUUCCCAGAUUUCCUCACCAUUAAACCCGAAUGGAAACUUUAAUGUUGUCAUUAAAGAGGAGCCUCUAGAUGAUUAUGACUAUGAACUUGGUGAAUGCCCAGAAGGGAUUACGGUGAAACAAGAAGAGACAGAUGAGGAAACAGAUGUAUACUCAAACAGCGAUGACGACCCUAUACUAGAGAAACAACUAAAGAGGCAUAAUAAAGUUGAUAACUUGGAAGCUGACCAUUCAUCUUAUAAAUGGCUACCAAAUAGCCCAGGUGUUGCAAAAGCUAAAAUGUUUAAAUUAGAUGCUGGGAAAAUGCCAGUAGUUUACCUGGAGCCCUGUGCAGUCACUAAAAGCACAGUAAAAAUUUCUGAAUUGCCUGAUAAUAUGCUCUCCACAUCUCGAAAAGAUAAAUCUAUGUUGGCAGAAUUAGAAUAUUUGCCUGCGUAUAUUGAAAAUUCUGAUGAGACUGGCUUUUGCUUAAGCAAGGAUUCAGAAAAUAGUCUCAGAAAACAUUCAUCAGAUCUCAGAAUGGUACAAAAGUAUACUUUACUUAAAGAGCCUCAUUGGAAAUACCCUGACAUAUUUGACAGCAGUAGCACGGAAAAAACACAUGACAGUUCAAAAGGAUCAACUGAAGACUCAUUUUCAGGAAAAGAGGACUUAGGCAAAAAGCGAACAACGAUGCUUAAAAUGGCAAUACCUUCAAAGACUGUGAAUGCUAGUCAGAGUGCCUCUCCAAAUACUCCUGGGAAAAGAGGAAGGCCGAGAAAGUUGAGACUCUCUAAGGCAGGACGACCACCUAAAAACACAGGGAAAUCUUUAACCGCUUCAAAGAAUAUUCCUGUAGGCCCUGGAAAUACCUUCCCUGAUGUGAAGCCUGAUCUAGAAGAUGUGGAUGGUGUGCUCUUUGUUUCCUUUGAGUCAAAGGAGGCUCUUGAUAUCCAUGCAGUUGAUGGGACAACAGAAGAACCUUCUAGUGUUCAGACUACAACCACAAAUGAUUCAGGUUCCAGAACAAGAAUUUCCCAGUUGGAAAAAGAAUUAAUAGAAGAUUUGAAGUCUUUGAGGCAUAAGCAGGUGAUACAUCCUGCUCUUCAAGAAGUGGGCUUAAAACUGAAUUCAGUGGAUCCAACAAUGAGCAUUGAUCUUAAAUACUUGGGAGUACAACUGCCUUUGGCGCCAGCCACCAGCUUUCCCCUAUGGAAUGUUACAGGAACCAACCCUGCCUCACCUGAUGCUGGAUUUCCUUUUGUUUCUAGGACAGGGAAGACUAAUGACUUUACUAAGAUUAAGGGAUGGAGAGGAAAAUUUCAUAAUGCUUCUGCAUCUAGGAAUGAAGGUGGAAAUUCAGAGACUUCACUGAAAAACCGUUCUGCUUUCUGUAGUGAUAAGCUAGAUGAGUACUUGGAAAAUGAAGGCAAAUUGAUGGAAACAAGCAUGGGUUUCUCUUCAAAUGCUCCCACGGCUCCCACAUCUCCAGUAGUGUACCAGUUACCCACCAAGAGUACCAGCUAUGUUCGAACUCUUGAUAGUGUACUAAAGAAGCAAUCUACCAUUUCCCCUUCUACCUCUCACUCCGUGAAGCCUCAUUCUGUAACCACUGCUUCUCGAAAAACAAAGGCUCAGAACAAACAGACAACAGUCAGUGGCCGAACUAAAUCAUCUUAUAAGUCUAUUUUACCAUACCCUGUUUCACCAAAGCAGAAAAACUCUCAUGUAAGCCCAGGAGAUAAAAUUACCAAGAAUUCCUUAAGUUCGGCUUCAGAUAAUCAGGUGACUAACUUGGUUGUGCCAUCUAUAGAUGAAAGUGCAUUUCCAAAGCAGAUUAGUUUGCGGCAGGCCCAGCAGCAGCACAUUCAGCAGCAGGGAACUCGCCCUCCAGGCUUGUCUAAAUCUCAAGUAAAGCUUAUGGACCUGGAAGACUGUGCACUCUGGGAAGGAAAACCCAGGACCUAUAUUACUGAAGAGCGAGCAGAUGUCUCCUUGACAACUCUGCUUACUGCUCAAGCAUCUCUCAAAACUAAACCUAUCCACACAAUCAUAAGGAAACGAGCUCCUCCAUGCAACAAUGACUUCUGCCGCCUGGGUUGUGUAUGCUCCAGCCUAGCUUUAGAGAAGCGCCAACCUGCUCACUGCCGCCGACCAGACUGCAUGUUUGGUUGCACUUGUUUGAAAAGAAAAGUUGUGUUGGUUAAAGGGGGAUCUAAAACAAAGCAUUUACAUAAGAAGGCUGCUAAUCGGGAUCCAUUAUUUUAUGACACACUGGGAGAAGGAGGAAGGGAAGGAGGAGGAGGAGUCAGAGAAGAUGAGGAACAAUUGAAGGAGAAAAAGAAGAGAAAGAAGCUUGAAUACACCGUGUGUGAGGCAGAACCUGAGCAGCCUGUCCGACAUUACCCACUGUGGGUGAAAGUAGACGGUGAGGUAGAUCCAGAGCCGGUUUAUAUCCCAACCCCUUCUGUCAUUGAACCUAUAAAACCACUGGUGCUGCCUCAGCCGGAUGCAUCUUCUACUACCAUAAAGGGCAAACUAACCCCAGGAAUUAAACCAACUCGAGCAUAUACUCCCAAGCCCAAUCCUGUGAUCCGAGAAGAGGACAAAGAUCCAGUCUAUUUGUACUUUGAAAGUAUGAUGACUUGUGCCCGAGUUCGAGUGUAUGAACGAAAGAAAGAUGAACAGAGACAACUGUCUCCACCCCUGUCUCCAUCCUCAUCAUUUCAACAGCAGAGUUCCUGUUACUCUAGUCCUGAGAACCAUGCUACAAAGGAACUUGAUUCUGAACAGACCUUAAAGCAGCUUAUUUGUGACUUGGAGGAUGAUUCUGAUAAAUCCCAAGAAAAGACUUGGAAAUCCUCUUGCAAUGAAGGAGAGUCCUCUUCUACCUCUUAUGUACAUCAGAGAUCACCUGGUGGUCCCACCAAAUUGAUAGAGAUCAUCUCAGACUGCAACUGGGAAGAAGAUCGAAACAAGAUUUUGAGCAUUUUAUCUCAGCACAUCAAUAGCAACAUGCCACAGUCACUUAAGGUGGGCAGCUUCAUCAUUGAGUUGGCUUCUCAGCGGAAGUGUCGGGGUGAGAAGACCCCUCCUGUUUAUUCUUCCCGUGUGAAAAUCUCUAUGCCAUCAAGUCAAGACCAAGAUGAUAUGGCUGAGAAAUCUGGAUCAGAGACUCCUGAUGGUCCAUUGUCCCCGGGGAAAAUGGAUGAUAUCUCUCCUGUGCAGACAGAUGCCCUGGAUUCAGUGAGGGAGAGAUUACAUGGAGGCAAAGGUCUGCCUUUUUAUGCAGGGCUUUCUCCUUCGGGGAAGCUUGUGGCCUAUAAACGUAAACCCAGUUCAACUACAUCUGGGCUUAUCCAGGUUAAUGGUAAGAGUUACCCGCAGGCUAAGUUGCUAUUGGGACAGAUGGGGGCAUUGCAUCCAGCCAAUAGGCUAGCUGCUUAUAUCACAGGCAGGUUGCGACCCUCAGUCCUGGACCUCUCAACCCUCAGUACUGUCAUCUCCAAGGUAGCAUCCAAUGCCAAGGUGGCUGCAUCCAGGAAACCACGCACCCUGUUGCCUUCAACAUCCAAUUCCAAAAUGGCAUCCUCUGGCCCAACAACAAAUCGCUCUGGGAAGAAUCUGAAGGCAUUUGUUCCAGCAAAAAGGCCAAUUGCAGCUCGGCCCUCUCCUGGUGGUGUGUUCACACAAUUUGUGAUGAGCAAAGUUGGCGCCUUACAGCAGAAGAUACCUGGAGUUCGCACACCUCAACCCCUUACAGGGCCACAGAAGUUCAGUAUCAGGCCAUCUCCAGUAAUGGUCGUCGCACCUGUGGUUUCUUCUGAGCAAGUUCAGGUGUGCAGCACUGUAACUGCUGCUGUCACUACUUCCCCUCAAGUGGUUUUAGAAAAUGUUACUGCUGUGCCGUCUCUGACUGCUAAUUCUGAUAUGGGAGCUAAAGAAGCUACUUAUUCUUCUAGUGCCUCCACUGCUGGGGUUGUUGAGAUCUCUGAAACUAAUAACACUACCCCUGUAACAUCUACCCAGUCUACAGCCACUGUGAACCUUACCAAAACGACUGGGAUAACUACUAGCCCUGUGGCUUCAGUUUCGUUUCCUAAACCAUUGGUAGCAUCUCCAACCAUAACUCUUCCUGUUGCUUCCACUGCCUCUACUUCCAUAGUCAUGGUGACCACAGCUGCAUCUUCCUCCGUGGUAACCACACCUACUUCAUCACUGAGUUCUGUACCUAUUAUACUCUCAGGAAUUAAUGGAAGUCCACCAGUGAGCCAGAGACCAGAAAAUGCCCCUCAAAUUCCAGUGACUACCCCACAGAUCUCUCCUAACAACGUGAAACGUACUGGACCUCGAUUGUUGUUGAUCCCAGUGCAGCAGGGUUCUCCUACGCUUAGACCAAUCCCAAACCCCCAGCUUCAGGGACAGCGGAUGGUCUUACAACCGGUUAGGAGUCCAAGUGGAAUGAACCUAUUCAGGCACCCCAAUGGGCAGAUUGUCCAACUCCUACCUUUACAUCAGAUUCGAGGCUCUAAUACCCAGCCCAGCUUACAGCCUGUGGUGUUUCGAAACCCAGGAUCUGUGGUGGGAAUCCGAUUACCAACUCCUUGCAAAUCUUCGGAGACUCCAUCAUCUUCUUCAUCCUCUGCCUUCUCUGUCAUGAGUCCUGUAAUUCAGGCUGUUGGGUCUUCUCCAACAGUAAAUGUCAUUUCUCAGGCACCUUCAUUGCUUUCCUCUGGAUCUAGUUUUGUCUCUCAGGCUGGUACACUGACUCUGCGGAUUUCUCCUCCUGAAACUCAAAACCUUGCAAGUAAAACAGCCUCUGAAAGCAAAAUAACACCUAGCACUGGAGGACAACCUGUGGGCACUGCUAGCCUCAUUCCUCUGCAGUCAGGUAGCUUUGCCUUGCUGCAGCUCCCAGGACAAAAGCCUGUUCCUAACUCUGUUCUUCAGCAUGUUGCUUCCCUUCAGAUAAAAAAGGAAUCUCAGAAUACAGACCAGAAAGAUGAAUCAAACUCUAUCAAAAGAGAGAAGGAAACUAAGAAAGCUCUAUCAUCAAAAGAUGAAGUUGUAGAUCCUGAGGCUAAUAUAAUGAAGCAGAACUCAGGAAUUAUUGCCUCAGAAGAUACCUUCAAUAAUUCAUUGGAUGAUAGAGGUGAUCUUUUGGAUGAAGAAAGUCUUAGGGAAGAUACCAGACCUUAUGAAUACUCUUAUAGCACUGGGUCUCACACAGAUGAAGACAAAGAUGGUGAUGAAGAAUCUGGGAACAAGAAUGAGAACAGUCCAAAAGAGAAACAGACUGUUCCAGAAGUUAGGGCUGGCUCUGAAAACAUCAAUAUUAUGACACUCCAAAACGUCAGAAAAGUACGCCCUCAAAAGUAUGUUGAGGUGAAGGUUGAACAGCAGCAGGGGUCAGAGAACCCAGAUGAUUUUCUAGUCCUCUCUAAGGAGGAAAGUAAAUUUGAAUUAUCGGGGAGCCAAGUUAAGGAACAGAAAUCUAACUCACAGACAGAGGCCAAGAAGGAUUGUGAGGAUUCUCUGGGCAAGGACAGUCUUAGGGAGAGAUGGAGAAAACACCUGAAGGGCCCCUUAACUCACAAGUACGUUGGAAUUUCACAAGACUUUAAGAAAGAGGCAGACGUUCAGUUGUUUACAGAAAUGAAGCCAUGUCAAGACAAUUCUGAACGGGACAUCUCUGAAUUACUUGGAAAAAGUGGAACUAUUGAGAGUGGUGGAAUUUUUAAAACUGAGGAUGGUUCUUGGAGUGGCAUUUCUAGUUCUGCGGCCUUCUCUAUUAUUCCUAGGAGAGCAACAAAAGGAAGAAGAGGGAGCAGACGUUUUCAGGGUCAUUUCCUGCUCUCAAAAGAACACAUGAAACCAAAGCAACAGGCAAAUGGUGGGAGAAGCAGUGCUGACUUCACAGUUUUGGAUUUGGAAGAUGAGGAUGAGGAAGAUGAGAAUGAGAAAACCGAUGAUUCUAUUGAUGAGAUUGUGGAUGUUGUUUCUGGCUACCAGAGUGAGGAGGUUGAUGUAGAAAAGAACAACUAUGUAGACUACAUUGAGGAUGAUGAGCAGGUGGACGUUGAGACAGUAGAAGAGCUCUCAGAGGAAAUUAACUUCACCUACAAGAAGACCACAGCAGCUCACACACAGUCCUUCAGACAGCAGUGUCAUAGCCUUAUCUCUGCGGAUGAAAAAGCUUCUGAAAAGAGUCGAAAGGUUUCAUUAAUUUCUUCAAAAUUGAAAGAUGAUUGUUGGAGUGAUAAGCCACACAAAGAAACAGAAGCUUUUGCAUAUUACCGGCGGACACACACUGCUAAUGAGCGGCGGCGGCGUGGUGAAAUGAGGGAUCUCUUUGAAAAAUUGAAGAUUACAUUAGGAUUACUUCAUUCUUCCAAAGUUUCCAAAAGUCUCAUUCUUAAUCGGGCAUUCAGUGAAAUUCAAGGACUAACAGACCAGGCAGAUAAAUUGAUAGGGCAGAAAAAUCUCCUGAGUCGAAAACGAAGUAUUUUAAUCCGGAAAGUAUCAUCUCUUUCAGGGAAAACAGAAGAAGUGGUCCUGAAGAAGCUAGAGUAUAUUUAUGCAAAACAACAAGCACUAGAGGCGCAAAAAAGAAAAAAGAAGAUGGGGUCAGAUGAGUUUGGUCUGUCUCCCAGAAUUAGUACACAGCUGGAGGGAUCUUCAUCAUCUGUAGAUCUUGGACAGAUGUUUAUGAGUAAUAGAAGGGGGAAACCUUUGAUUCUUUCCAGAAGAAGAGACCAGGCUACAGAAAAUGCUUCACCUUCUGACACUCCACACUCUUCUGCCAACCUGGUGAUGACACCACAAGGGCAGUUGCUUACCCUAAAAGGCCCCCUAUUCUCAGCACCAGUGGUAGCAGUUUCUCCUGCUCUCUUAGAAGCUGGUCUAAAGCCUCAAGUUGCAAGCAGUACUAUGGCUCAGUCAGAGAACGAUGACUUAUUUAUGAUGCCACGAAUUGUUAAUGUAACAUCAUUGGCUGCAGAGGAAGAUUUGGGAGGUAUGAGUGGCAACAAAUACCUUCAUGAAGUUCCUGAUGGCAAACCAGCACUUGACCACCUGAGAGACGUUUCUGGGAAUGAAGCUAGCUCCUUAAAGGAUACAGAGAGAAUCUCUUCCAGGGGAAACCAUAGAGACAGCAGAAUGGCACUGGGUCCAACACAAGUGUUUUUGGCAAAUAAAGAUUCUGGAUUUCCACAUGUACCUGAUGUUUCUACUAUGCAGGCAGCACAGGAGUUUAUACCUAAAAAAAUGUCUGGUGAUCUGAGAGGGCAUCGGCAUAAAUGGAAGGAGUGUGAGUUGAGAGGAGAGAGACUGAAGUCAAAGGAGUCUCAGUUUCAUAAAUUAAAGAUGAAGGAUCUCAAGGACUCAAGCAUAGAGAUGGAACUGAGAAAAGUAGCCUCAGCUAUUGAGGAAGCAGCACUUGAUCCCAGUGAGCUGCUGACUAACAUGGAGGAUGAGGACGACACUGACGAGACGCUGACUUCACUGCUCAACGAAAUUGCUUUUCUUAAUCAACAACUAAAUGAUGACUCUGGCCUGGCUGAACUCUCUGGUUCUUUGGAUACAGAAUUCCCAGGGGAUGCUCAGCAAGCUUUUAUCAGUAAACUUGCUCCUGGGAACAGAUCAGCUUUCCAAGUUGGACACUUGGGAACAGGUGUGAAAGAGUUGCCUGAUGUCCAAGAGGAAAGUGAAUCCAUCAGCCCUCUCCUCUUGCACUUGGAAGAUGAUGACUUUUCUGAGAACGAAAAACAGCUUGGGGACACAGCCUCUGAGCCAGAUGUCCUUAAGAUUGUUAUUGACUCUGAGAUAAAGGAUUCUCUUGUUUCCCAUAGGAAAUCUAGUGAUGGAGGGCAGAGUACUUCUGGUCUCCCUGCAGAGCCUGAAAGCGUAUCUUCACCUCCCAUCCUGCACAUGAAGACUGGCCCGGAGAACAGCAGUACAGACACUUUGUGGAGGCCUAUGCCAAAGUUGGCCCCUUUAGGUUUAAAAGUAGCUAAUCCCCCCAGUGAUGCUGAUGGUCAGAGUCUCAAGGUGAUGCCUGCCUUGGCACCUAUAGCUGCCAAAGUUGGGUCAGUUGGACACAAAAUGAACACAACAGGAAGUGACCAGGAAGGCCGGGGGAGCAAGAUGAUGCCUACAUUGGCACCUGUUGUAACUAAAUUGGGCAACUCUGGGGUUCCAUCAAGCUCAUCAGGGAAAUGAACUUGUUCAUCCUCAUGCAGAAGCCAGGCUAUGAGGGGAAAUUGAAUUUCACCUCCUUUCUCUGUAGGCAUCUGUUUGUUUGUUUGUUUGUUUGUUUGUAUUAUGGAACUAUUAUCCUUGACUUAAUUAUGUGUGGCUAUUAAUGGAGAAAGGGGGAUGUAGGGUGCUGGUCCUGGUGUUUGAAAUUCUGAUCAUGUUAAAAAUGUGUUACCUCACUUGUGGUGCUGGGUUCCCUCAUCUUCUCUAAGAAGGUGUGAUUCCCUCUUGCCCAAGGAAUUCAUAACAAGAUUCUGGCUCCAUCAACUACCUUAUUUUUUCCCCUGAGAAAAUGCUUGAGACUUGGAAUUACUAUGGACUAAACUAUAAUUGAUAGUUUUUGGCUCUAAAAUCUGAGAAUUGUGAUGCAGUUGUGUGAAGGGACCUAGAAAAAACUUUUAGUUAUUAUUUUGAUAGUAGAGCAUGAUAGAGCUGGGAAUGGUAGUGCACACUUGUAAUUCCAGCUCUUAGAAGACUAAAGCAGAAGGAUUGCAAGUUUGUGUCUACUUGAUCUGUAACAAACACACACACACACACACAAAAUUGUGGAGGGAGAAGGAAGGGAGAAUGUUACAGUAGAUAGGAUGAAUACUAUAGAAUACCAAAGUGGAGGGAUUUGUCAUUCAGCAGACUGUUGUUUCAUAUCCAGAAUAGCUGUUCCCUUUCAGUCAUAAUUAAAAGCUUAAACUUUCUGGUAAAGUAGGAAUAUACGUUUUACUUUUACUAUUAACAUACUUAUUUUUAGAGACUAAAAAAGAGAUACGUGUCCCUUAUUUCUUUUGUGGUAUUACAAAGAUUCAUUCAUAGUGCCAGGGAUUUCUACUCAUUUGUUUUUUGGAGGUAGACAUAGAGGCAGCCAUUUUCUUUCCUAAAUCAUGUAACUCAAGAAACAGCUAAAAUGAAAAGCAGUUUCUCCCCUAACCAGAGACUAGCCAAAAUAAAAAUUUGUGAGGCUGGAUUAUUACCCAAAUGAAACCAGCCUCUAGGUGCUUGAAGGUUUUGUUCACUGUCACCUGCACAGGAUGUAAAGAAAAGGCGAGUCAGAGUGAGCAAUCUUUACCAGGGAAGUAAAGCAGUAUUUGAGUCACAGAAUAUAUUUUUUAUCUGCUACCAUGGCAUCAAUGAUCUGUAGAGCUUUUUCACUCAUUAACUGUCAGGGUAUGAAGGACUGACAACCUGUAAAGAUGAAGAUAUUUAUAUUUUUGUAUAGUUGUUUUCAUAGAUUUCUCAAAGGAUGAAGUUUUCGAUCUAGAAGAGAUUUGUAUUGAGUAUAGAAAUGUUUCCUAUAUAGUUUGUAAAUAAUCAUGGUGCAUUUGAGGGGUCUCUCGGGAACUCCUGGGGCAAGAAUCACUGUUCUGAAAAUGUAUAGACUGAGAUUUAGCUGCUGCAUUUUGCCUUUCUUAAAUAAUUAUAUUUUGGAAUGUAACCCGUUCUGUCUGCAAUGACAGGAUUUGCUUGUGUUGUAAAACACUUUAACACAAGUGCUUCCGGUGCCUGGGCUGUGCCUGGGUGAUUGUAUUUCUUUUACACUACUGCGUCUUUACCCUAAGUCCCACUCUGUAUCUUCAGACCUAGGUUGUGAGACCAACUUUGGAAUGAAUCUAGCCAGUGAAUUACUUCCAUGUUUGAUUCCCUUUUUACAUUAACUCUGAUAAUCAUCAGAUUGGAAUGAUGAAAAACUUUACACUGCAGAAUGCAGUGGUAGGAAAUUCUUCAUUGGUUUUGUGCUGCUUGCUCUAGAAAGGUCAUCAGCACUUAACCUUCCCUGUUUACUAUAGAAGCCUGAUAGAGUGAAAACAGUAUUCCUCAGCUUCUCCUUUGUCCUCUGUCCUUUACCCAACUGAUUUUAUCCAAUGCCUUAGCCAAGGAAUGCAGCACCUGUCGCCCUUGCUAAUAGCUGUCCUCAGAGACGCUAGUUCUUUAGCCCAGGUAUAGCAGUUUCCAGUGGUUUUAUUGCCUGUUUCUUUCCCGUGUUUCCUUCUGGCUUCCUAGAGCCCUUUUGGGUUUUGAGAGUCAGACAAGAAACACGACAAGGGAGUGAAUAAUCCUCAGGAAAAAAAAAAAGACCAUUGUAGCUUAUGAAUUCUCUCUCUCUCUCUCUCUCUCUCUCUCUCUCUCUCUCUCCCUCCCCCUCUCUCUCUCCCCCUCUCUCUCUCCCUCCCUCCCUCCCUCUCCCUCUCCCUCUCCCUCCUUUCUUUUUCUUUUUCUUUUCUUUUUUUUUUUUUAAUUUGAAAAAGCAUAGACAAAACAGGUCAGGAUUUAUUCUUGAUUGGAAGAUCCUCGGUUGUGUUUAUGAAAGAUGUACAAGGAUAGAGAUGAAGUUUGGUUCUAGGUGUUCAGGGAAAGCUGCAGGUGUCAUUACAACCCCCCACAAUACAUUGUUCUUAAGACAGAUUUAGGAGCUAUCAGGGCUAGUUUGAGGAGGGUUUAGUCUUUAGAACAAUCUUGUAGCCUUGACAGAAAUCCAAAAUCUCCCCCAAACUCUUACCCUUUAACCUUACAUUAGGAGAAACUGAUCUAUUAAAAUUACAUGUAUGAGUACGAAAAGCGAAGUUAAGUGAGAACAUUGGAAGAACCUGGAAAAAAGCUCCCACCCUAACUAAGAAGCAUGAUCUCAGUAGACCAAUAACUCGCCUUUUUAUACACCUGUAAAUAAAUGGAAUGUUUUUAAGAAUAUAAUUAUGUCAGAUUUAGCAUUUUCUUUUAUAUAUUAAAUAUAUAUCUUUCAUUUCUGCUUUUGAAAGUGAUUAUUUUUUUAGAUAUAACAAGUUUGGCAGUUGAAAGGCAAGACAUGUGAACCUGAAAUAAACCAGUUAUACUAAUUAAAGCAGAA